AUGGCGUGGCUGUCGUCUACCCCCGGCUCUGGCGGACGCGCUGCAUCCCCCACCGUCUUUGAGCAGCAACGCGAGGAAUUGGUCCGCGAAAUCGCCGUGGGCAUGGAACAAGUUCUACAAAAUAUCAAUCGUCUGAAUCGAAACCUGGAGAGUAUCAUCACCGUCGGCAACGAAUUUGGAUCUGUUGAGGCUCUAUGGUCCCAGUUUGAGAACUUCAUGGGCCGGCCUGAAGAGGAAUUGGAGGAUGCCGCCCAGGGGAAGCGCAAUGUUAGUGGCGAGACCGAAGGCAAUGCAGGACUCCAACAUGAAGAAGGGGACUCCAUGGCCAGCCAGUAG